AUGCUUAAUCACAUAAUUCCAGUUUUUGUGCAACUAAAUGAUAAUGAUUUUAAUAGUGCAAUAAAACAAAUUUGUGAAUCUCAAGAAAUAAAUACUCGAAUUCAAAGAAAACGUAAUGAUAUGAUUAUUCAAAUCUGUAAUCUACCUGAUCAACAAGUAUUUGACGCACCAACUCUUUUUCAAACAAUGGCUUAUCCUUGGGGAAUUCAUAAAGGAGAAAUAAUUUCCACAUAUCUGCAAAAAAAGGCUUUCAAGUUUGUUGAUUCUGGUCUUUAUAAACAUCACUACACUAUAAAUGCAUUAGAAUCAAGAUCUAAAUUUUUAAAAAAAGAAAUUCAUCAGUUAGAAAAGAAUAGAUUAUCCUUGAAUACUAAGAUUUACUCAUUUUCAAUGCAAUUGAAUGCAAAACAAAUUAAGCCUACUCAAUUUCGAAAUGCUGUUAGUAAAUUAUUUAAAGUUAAUAAUAAAGAAUACAGUGCAGAAUUUGUAAAACUAGCUACUGAUAUUAGUACUAUAGGGCAUACUUCUAUUCGUGCAACAGUAGAAUGCACUAAAGCGGUUUUUCAGCUUUUAACAGGAGAGUCUCCGCAACAAUGA